AUGCCAAGAUCACCCUGUGACACUGCCGACUUGAGACAAGAGCUCCACAACAGCAAGGUUGGUCCUCUCCAAGCCCAAGCGAUUGAACGAUUAAAUCAAGGCCCCUGGAGAUCAAGACCCCCCUGGAGAUCAAGACCCCUGGAGAUCAAGACCCCCCUGGACAUCAAGACUCCCCUGGAGAUCAAGACCCCCUGGAGAUCAAGACCCCCCUGGAGAUCAAGACCCCCCCUGGAGAUCAAGACUCCCCUGGAGAUCAAGACUCCCCUGGAGAUCAAGACCCCCCUGGAGAUCAAGACCCCCCUGGAGAUCAAGACUCCCCUGGAGAUCAAGACCCCCCUGGAGAUCAAGACUCCCCUGGAGAUCAAGACCCCCCUGGAGAUCAAGACCCCCCUGGAGAUCAAGACCCCUGAAGACCAAGACCCCCCUGGACAUCAAGACUCCCCUGGAGAUCAAGACCCCCUGGAUAUCAAGACCCCCUGGAGAUCAAGACCCCCCUGGAGAUUAAGACCCCCCAUGGAGAUCAAGAACCCCCUGGAGAUCAAGACCCCCCUGGAGAUCAAGAACCCCCUGGAGAUCAAGACCCCCUGGAGAUCAAGACCCCCUAGAGAUCAAGACCCCCCUGGAGAUCAAGACCCCCCUGGAUAUCAAGACCCCCUGGAGAUCAAGACCCCCCCUGGAGAUCAAGACUCCCCUGGAGAUCAAGACCCCCCUGAGAUCAAGACCCCUGAAGACCAAGACCCCCCCUGGACAUCAGACUCCCCUGGAGAUCAAGACCCCCUGGAUAUCAAGACCCCCUGGAGAUCAAGACCCCUGGAGAUCAAGACCCCCCCCCCUGGAGAUCAAGAACCCCCUGGAGAUCAAGACCCCCCUGGAGAUCAAGAACCCCCUAGAGAUCAAGACCCCCCUGGAGAUCAAGACCCCCUGGAGAUCAAGACCAACCCAGGAGAUCAAGAACACCCUGGAGAUCAAGACCCCCUGGAGAUCAAAACCCCCCUGGAGAUCAGACCCCCUGAUGAUCAAGACCCCCCUGGAGAUCAAGAUCCCCUGGAGAUCAAGACCCCCCUGGAGACCAAGACUUCCCUGGAGACCAAGACUUCCCGGGAGAUCAAGACUUCCCUGGAGAUCAAGACCCCCCUGGAGAUCAAGACUCCCCUGGAGAUCAAACCCCCCUGGAAAUCAAGACUUCCCUGGAGAUCAAGACCCCCCUGGAGAUCAAGACUCUCCUGGAGAUCAAGACCCCCCUGGAGAUCAAGACUUCCCUGGAGAUCAAGACCCCCCUGGAGAUCAAGACCCCCUGGAGAUCAAGACCCACCCUGGAGAUCAAGACUCCCCUGGAGAUCAAGACUUCCCUGGAGAUCAAGACCCCCCUGGAGAUCAAGACUCCCCUGGAGAUCAAGACCCCCUGGAGAUCAAUACCCCCCUGGCGAUCAAGACCCCCCCCUGGAGAUCAAGACCCCCCUAUCAAUACCCCCUGGAGGCCAAGACAACCUGGAGAUCAAGACCUCCUGGAGAACAAGACCCCCCGCUGGAGAUCAAGACCCCCCUCUGGAGAUCAAGACCUCCUGGAAGUCAAGACCUCCUGGAGAUCAAGACCUCCUGGAGGUCAAGACCCCCCUGGAGAACAAGACCUCCUGGAGGUCAAGACCCCCCUGGAGAACAAGACCUCCUGGAAGUCAAGACCCCCCUGGAGAACAAGACCUCCUGGAGGUCAAGACCCCCCUGGAAGACCUCCUGGAGGUCAAGACCCCCCUGGAGGUCAAGACCCCCUGGAGAUCAAAACCCCCCUGGAGAUCAAGACCCCCUGAUGAUCAAGACCCCCUGGAGAUCAAGACCCCCCUGGAGAUCAAGACUUCCCUGGAGACCAAGACUUCCCGGGAGAUCAAGACUUCCCUGGAGAUCAAGACCCCAAUGGAGAUCAAGACCCCCCUGGAGAUCAAGACCCCCCUGGAGAUCAAGACUCCCCUGGAGAUCAAGACCCCCCUGGAGAUCAAGACUCCCCUGGAGAUCAAGACGCCCUGGAGAUCAAGACUCUCCUGGAGAUCAAGACCCCCCUGGAGAUCAAGACCCCCUGGAGAUCAAGACUCCCCUGGAGAUCAAGACUCCCCUGGAGAUCAAGACUUCCCUGGAGAUCACGACCCCCCUGGAGAUCAAGACCCCCCUGGAGAUUAA